UGUCAGUCUUCCGCUCGCUCCGUAUGUAGAGGAUCGCAGAGCGUGUGGUCUCACCAUAUCAUCCAGAACAAUGUGCCCUAUCUGUCUCGAUCUACCCAAAUAAGAAGAAUAUACCUCCUGACGUUCACAAAAUGGGGUUUAUGCGACAAAAGCUGAAAAAGGAACACAAAAAGGAAGCUGCAACUUACCUUUUAGAAAAGGCAUCAGAUUAUCAUGAUGCUUUUGGCACGCCGGCUAUCUACAACGAAGAUCGUGACACAUUUGAGCCUCUUCCAGCCACUAGUGACCUAGAAGAAGCUUUGGCCACCUACAAUGAGUCCGUCGAGCAGAAAUUCAAAUUCGAAGUGCAAAGGUGUACGUUUGACGAUGUCGUCUCUGAGCUCGACCGAGCUCGAGGGACGUACGAGGGAAAGGCGGAGGGGUUACUAGGACUCGGUCGCAAAGGUUUACGAGGCGCAGGAGAUUAUUCCGACGAAAUCACUCCGUGGAUUGACUUGAUUCCCUCGGAUCAUGGCUUGAGCUUUCUGAGCGCAGGGCUAAAGGCUAUCUUUGGGGUGAGAUUCUUUUCCCUUCCAUCUGUCCCUGUAUAGGUAAGGGGUAGAGAAAGGAUUCUCUCUGAUAACAGGCAAGACAGAUUGCGAGACGGAACGCAGAGAACCGAGACAAAAUCCUUGAUGCAUUUGAAGAUAUCCCAGAAUUGAUGCUCUCUGUCAAGGCACGACAGAACCAGUGGGCAUCUGCGAAAACAUUACGCGAAAGUGCCAUUGAUCUCUAUGAAACGUUAGCCCGAGCUCUAGCGAAACUUAUCGUUAUCUUGAAUGGGAGCAUGGAAAAAGCACCUCGUCUAAGCGGACGCGCCCGGAAGUGCAUCAAAAGACUUGUUGGUUCGGCACAUACAGCCAAUUCGAUUGACGCUAUCCUCGUUGAGGUUCAGAAACAGGCAAAAAGGUUUGAUCAGUGCUUGGACCAUGUACGAGAUCAACUAGCCAUACAGAUGGGGAUCGACACGGCCGCGACCAAAACCAUCGCAGGGCGAACUGAAACAAAGCUAGACCAAGUAACGCAAGAGAUAAAGGAUGCAAAUGCCGAGAUGAUAAAAGACCUGCAGGCUAAGGAGCAAGGGGUCUUUAUCCUCAAUGUCAUGCAUCAGAAUCUUGUAUAUAUCAACCCUUAUUGUCCCUCCGAGAUAACGUCGUCAAUGGUACAUUCGACAUCGAAACACGCAGAACCCCUUCUAAAAGAUAUCGAGCUUCUCAGCAGCCUCGGAAUCAGCACACAGUCGCCCUCGAAUGAUCUAAGAACGAUAAUAAAAGAACUUUCUCAGUUUGAGAUCUCCGCCCAAACUCAAGCGCAGCAGCUCUUUGCGUCACGUCAGUUCGCCGAAUGGAUGGCCUCGCACCACCCUGUCACUUUGAUGGUCAACGGAAACUUCGACACUCCUGGACCAGGACGGACCACCGCAUUAUCGGUUCUGUGUGCCAUGUUUGCCCUGAAGCUGCUCGACAACAAUGACGGUUGCAUUGUUCUGCAUCAUUUCUGUGGCCUACACGGGGCACGAUAUCAUACCGAUCCAGUCGCAGGUCCUAAUGGGCUCAUUCGCUCGCUGCUGGCUCAGAUGCUUCACACAGGCCGGGAGUUCAACCUUGACUUCAUAAACACGCCCCAGUUUACCCGCGAUAUCCAGACUCACUCGCUCAAGGAUCUCUGUCAUACCUUCAGCCAGCUCGUAGAGCAAUUGCCCCGGAACAUCACCAUAAUCUGCAUAUUGGACGGGGUCAGCGAAUUUGCCUCCCAGCAGUGGACCACCGAAUUCAGCGACGUACUCCUUAUACUCAAUCGACUGAUCAUGAAUCCAGCUCUGCGACCUAUCUUCAAGCUUCUUUGUACAACCCCGUUCUCUACCGGAGGGCCCCUGAUCGAUCGGCAGCUUGAGGUGCAUUACUCCCUACGCUUGCAGCCUUGUGGCAUCUAUGACGGUUAUGCGCUAUCUGAAAGAUCCUUGCCUGACGCGACUUCGCAAGGAGCUCGGCUUGACCAUUAUCGCAUGCGUAUGCUCGCAAAUCGAGCGAAUGAGGAAGAUGAUUCGGAAUCAGACGACGAUUAUUGGGACAACAAUGUGAGAUAUGAGACAAUCAAUCAAUGUAAUUGACGUUCUACUAUUUUGAUAUUGAAUACCAUUGAAUGGCCAUUUCAGGUGAAGAUUUAAGAGUCGGUAUAUACGGGCGCUUCAAUCAGAAUGAUAGAAGCAUAGAAGAAUAUAUUGCAAUACUCCCAAGAUCUACGGCGGAUAUCGGGUGUUCUAAUAGUUACAUGGCAAUUCAUCAAACGUAUUAAGAGUUUCAUGACAUGCUCGUGCAUAAUGUCGUGGUUUAUUUCUCCAUCACAGAGCGGAAUUCACCACAAACCCCAUAUAAUCAAUUGGAUCCCAACAAUGCACCCAAAUCCAUAUUUCCAUCCAUCAGAUACAAUUCCGACAGCGUUGUUCGGUACCCAGGUAGGAGAUUGAUCUCCUCUUCGAAUCUCCAGAGCGUGUGUGGAAUUCGCGCUAUCAAAUUGACCAGUGAACGUGAUUGUAAAGUUAGCCUUUACGUCUUUCUCGCUUCCUACAAAUAACUGGUAGGAACUCGAAUUCGUAUCAGCCAAGCCGAAGAACUUGAGCUCCAUUGUUGUAUUGGUUACAGAUCCUUCCAUGAUAGUCGUAUCUGACCAAUGUAUAUCUGUGUCGUGGAGAAGGCAGUUCUCAGCCCGCAGACGGAACAGGCCGUCGUACUGACUGACCUUCAUGUCAGGAACUGUGGUGGCGUUGAAAUGAAGUGUGUCGGAUGUUGUCGAGUUUGGGGGGACAUUCAGAGUCAUAAUAUCCCAGGCACUGUCUCCACCGACCGAGCCAGUGCUAGUGCGGAUUCGGAAAAGAUCCGGUUCUGAAGCACACAUGUCUCCUUCCCAUCUGAUGUCUGAAUAGGAAGAGUGUAUCUGAUCCACUGCCUUAUUGGAUUUCCACGACUUGAAUCCUAUUAUGAACGGGUUUUCGGCUCCCUUCGGAUAAGGUGGUUGUGGUCCGAUCCACGCGUAACCGAGCAACCGCAGCUCUUUUGAAAGCUGACAUUUGGAGCCUGACGUCAGGUUGUAGGACAGAUGCGCUUCUCCUUGAAAGAAUGAACCGUCGUAUAUCGUUGGGCUGGGCGCAGCCCUUGCACCGCCUUGCGAGGUCCAGUUUGUGGCGUGGCUGGGGACCAAGUAUGUAUUGCUCAGAGCGUUGCUUUGGACUUGAUCUCCACAACCGGAUGAACUUGAACUACCGCCGCUCUCAUCGCUUCCACCGUUGCUACUGCCAUCGUCGCUGCUGCUGUCGCCUUCGCUAUCGCCGUCAUGAUCUCCUCCACCUCUUCUUGCAAGGACGCCUUUGUCAAGAAUCGCCAGCAGAAGGAGGAGCCGGGCAAGGAAGGCCAGAGGCACCAUGGAAGCUUGCCUUGUCUUCAGAAACUGGUAACUGCACAACCUGGCACUGUAGGAGAGAAAGAAGAAAAA